AUGAAGUCCACAGCACUCCGCUUGGUCGUGUUUGCUGUCCUGUGUGUUCUUGCGACGGCCUGGACUAAGGACGGGUACAAAUGUGACAUUUUACGGUGCGCUACCUUUUGUUCCCCCUUUCCCGUACUGUACCAUGCUCUGACAAUUAUACCAACAGAUUUCCUCGGUAUCCAACCUAAUGCCAACCAGGACGACAUCAACAAAGCAUAUCGCAAGAAAUCUCGCCUCCUACACCCGGACAAAGUCAAGCGAUCCUUCAUCGCCAAUGCUUCCAAGGAUAAAUCCCGAGCCAAAAACAAGAAGCCAGGCAUCCACGUCAAUCAGGGCCCGAGUAAGCGAGAAAUUGACGCCGCCGUGAAGAAGGCUCAUGACCGUGCUUCCCGUUUGAAUACCGUUGCAAAUAUCCUUCGUGGGCCGGGCCGAGAGCGUUACGACUACUUCUUGAAAAAUGGCUUCCCCAAGUGGAAGGGUACCGGUUAUUACUAUUCGCGCUUUCGCCCGGGGCUAGGAUCCGUCUUGACUGGCCUGUUUUUGGCUUUUGGUGGUGGUGCUCAUUAUGCUGCUUUGUUUCUUGGUUGGAAACGCCAGCGCGAGUUCGUUGACCGGUAUAUCCGUCAGGCGAGGAGGGCUGCCUGGGGAGAUGAGCUAGGGGUUCGUGGUAUUCCAGGCGUGGAUUCAGCCAAUGUUACCGCACCUGCCCCAGCUCCGACACCCGAAGCGGAAACGAGUGCAGUGCCUAUCAAUCGCCGCCAGAAACGCAUGAUGGAGAAGGAGAAUCGCAAGGAAAGCAAAAAAGGAAACCGGGCAAGUUCCCGAAACUCUGGUACUGCGACCCCGACAGGCGAGUCCACGGAGCCGUCCGGAGAGAGGAAAAGGGUGAUCGCGGAGAAUGGGAAGGUCCUGAUCGUUGAUUCCGUUGGCAAAGUGUUCUUGGAGGAAGAAACGGAAGAUGGUGAGAAGCAAGAAUUCCUACUUGAUAUCGAUGAAAUACAGCGCCCCACGGUGCGCGACACUAUGUUGUUCCGCGUGCCCAUCUGGUUUUAUCAUAAAACUGUUGGCAGAUUGCUCGGAGCUUCCAGCGCCGCAGGUGGCGAGAUCGUCGAUGAGGAGCCGUCCGAGGUACCGGAACAGACUAUUGAGCAAGCCAACGAUUCUGCCGUGGCACCUAAAAGUCGAGUAUCGAGAAGACGAGGAAAGCGCUCUCAGAAGUCUUGA